UAACGGCAGUUGUCGCACGCAGUAUUUAUUGCGUACAGGCGGGUUUAUGUUGACGAAGUGGUCACAUAUAGUCUAGCAUAGUGUGUAAACUAAUCACAUGGCUCUCAGAAGGUGUUGGGGGUUGGCGGGGGUCGCUCCGCGGCUGUUAUGGAACAGUGGCGUCCUGUCUCGGGCUUCUGUGCCCGGACGAGCCCCUGUGUCCAGCCUGGUCUCCACUCAGCACGGUUGCAAAAUCGCAGGGUCGCAGCUCCGCGCGUUCAGCUCUGCGCCAGCGAGCGAGAACGUGAGUUACGAGCAGCUGAAGCAGCUUCUGGCGGGCCGGAACAUCGUAGUUAUAGAUGUCAGGGAGCCCUGGGAGCUCCGGGAGUUCGGCGUCAUCCCCGGGUCCAUCAACGUGCCCCUGGGACAGGUGAACACUGCCCUCCAGCUGGGUCCGGAAGAGUUCAAUGAGAAGUACGGCGGUGAAAUGCCCCAGCAGGCAGAUAACAUUGUGUUCACCUGUCAGGUGGGGGUCAGGAGCAAGACGGCGCUCGACACGGCCACGUCGCUGGGAUACAAAGAUGUUCAGAAUUACCUGGGCGGAUGGAAAGACUGGGCGAAAAAUGAACAGCAGGACAGAUCCAAGGAUGGCAAAACUGGAAAUAUAUAAUUCAUUUGCGAGAGUGCAUAACAAGAUGUCUUGUAAAAGGUUUUCAAGAUGUUCAUUCACUCGUCUGUUGUUUCCCUCAACUGUGAAUCCCAAAGACUGAAACCAGAGGGCUCGACAAACAUCAACAACUCCAAUCAGCUACGAAAGAAAACAUGUCAAAACUACUGCAAUAUUACCUGAAGUCACUUGUAAUUUAUCUUCCUCAUAGAACUAUUCAUAAACACUUUUACGACUUCUAAAGAGACACAUAUAUAAAACCUGUGAUUACUCUAAAACUAUAAUAUAAAUAUCAAUAGACCGUAAGGGUUUUUUGUUUCUUCAUUAUCUAUGCAAAUUACCCUAUGUGAUUUAUGAGUUCAAAUGAAGUCCAUGCUCAUAGAUGCAUCUACAGUUGUGGCCAACAUCAUACAAUAAAAUUAUAGUUUUGAUUAACA